CCCUCUCCCCAUUCCUCUCUCUUCCUCUCAACCCCCUUUAAAGUCCCCCAUCCGCCGUUGAGAGGAAUUAUUCUCUCCAACAAUCAGGACGCGCUUUCAAGAUGACGGACGUCUAUUGCACUGUGAGUUUUACUACUAUUCACUCCCCAUUCCCUUGACGGCUGGCUGCCGUCAUACCCAAUUUUUUUCUCUCGAUAUCAGCUCAUUGAGCCACCAAGUUUUUCCCUGUGUUCCGUUACAUGUGGCUAACCGGACUUUGUUUCAUUAUAGCUGCUGUUGAGUGACAGUUACCUCCCAGGUUAGUCCUUUUUCCUUCCACCUUGAAAUAGAUAAUUUUUUGUUCUUUUUACUCACGGAUGUCUCAGGCGCCCAAGUACUGGCCUACUCUCUCCGCGAUGGGGGCACACGGAUGAAGCUCGCGGUUAUGGUGACCUUAGAGACCUGUUCGGAGGAAACAAUCGAGGAGCUGAAGGUUUGCUGAAUGUCUUCCUAUAUAGUAAAAAGCGGUUAGUGUUUGUCUGAGAGCUCACUCUUUUUUUAAAUUCUAGCGUCUUUAUGACUUUGUUAUCCCAGUGGAGCGUAUCUGUAACGAGGCUACUACUAAUUUGGCGUUGAUGAACCGUUUGGACCUCAAUGCUACCUUCACUAAGAUCAAUUUGUGGAAACAAACUCAAUUCCGAAAGAUUGUCUUUAUCGAUGCUGAUGUUGUCUCAAUCCGUCCUCCGGAUGAACUGUUCGAGCUUGAGACCGACUUCGCUGUAUGUCUCAGUUUCCCGUAGGGGCUCCCAUGCAAGGUGCUAAUUAUACUUUUUCUUUCUCUAGGCUGCGCCUGAUAUUGGUUGGCCCGAUUGCUUCAACUCGGUAGGCUUAUAUCUGUCAGGUUGAUGUUGAGUGGUGGGGUGGCUAAUGUUCCUUUAGGGAGUGAUGUUGCUUCGUCCUCAUAUGGGAACUUACUAUUCUCUCCUUCAGCUUGCUGGACGUGGUGUUUCUUUUGAUGGUACGUCAUUACGGCGCAGCCCCUCAUUUGUUGCUAACGCUAAUGAAAUCAACAGGUGCCGAUCAGGGUCUCUUGAACUCCUAUUUCAAGAACUGGCAUCGCAUCUCUUUCACAUACAACUGCACACCUUCCGGCCAUUACCAGUGGGUCACAAUAUACUUGGGUGGAUGAAUUUUUUUUCUAAUUCUUGUUUCUAGAUACACCCCCGCUUUCACUCACUACGGAGCGAAUAUCUCUUUGGCACAUUUCAUCGGGGCCGAGAAGCCAUGGAAUAUCGGGAGAUCCUCUAUCAAAGAAUCCGGUUCGACCAAUUCAAACGGUACGCCGUAUCACCAGCUUUUGGGCUAUUGGUGGGCGACUUGGGAUAAGCAUUUCAGAGGCUCGAAUGACUCCACCACUGGUGGCUCUACCUAUCAGGGGUCUGUCGGUGGGUCUGGAUCUGGUUUUAAGCAAGCCUAUUCGGGUCCCGUUGGAAACCAGGCUAGUCAAUCGGGAUCUCAGCAGCACGGAACCGGAUCAUCUGGUACUCAACACCAAUCGCGAGCAUCUGGGAAGGCCCCUGAGCGUGAAAACACUGAGAAGCUCGCCCCACAGCCCCAAACGCUGCCAUUCCACGGGGUAUUCCCCGAUGUCGUUGAUACUCCCCAAGGACCUGUUGACCAAGCCCAAUUCUUUCAAACUGGUCCAGCCACUUAUCAGGUUUCUGAUGUUCAGACUGGGACCUCUGUUCCCCGAUCGUCCUCUCCCCCGCGCCAACAGGAGCAGCAAGCACCCCCAGCGAUGCCGUUCUCUACACCGUAUUACAACUGGGAUCCUUCUCGGUAAGUUUUCUGCUUUUGAUUUGAUUUGGAUGGUGUUCUAACUGUUCCUUUAGCUCGGCUCCUCCGGCCGAUAGUGCUCCAGAAGCCAACCGCUUCCCCCGCCAAUUCUACCCCAAUGAAUGGGAUAACCCUGCACCGGCAUUCAAGACUCCAGCGCCUGCUCUCCCGCAGGGACAGAAGAGAUGGUUUGAGAACCGCGAGAAGACCCCGGAGCCUCCACAGGAGCCCCCGCUAAGGCAGAUUUUCCCAUGGGAGAAUAAACCAAGGACCACUACUCGCGUAUUCGCCGAUGACCCACCGGUUGAUGAACACACUGAAGAGCUAGAAGACGAUGAGGAGGAGGAAGAUGAAGAGGAGGAAGAGGAGGAAGAAAAAGUACAGGAGGAGCAGGAACCCCCAAUCACCAAGGAGGAGGCUACAGCAUGGAGAACAUUUGUUCAGGAAAAUGAGUGGGAUGCGAUUCCAGGGAUCCAAGACUACGUCUCGGAUCUAAAGCGUCGUGGGAGUCACGUAGUCCAGUCUCUCGAGGCCAGUCCCCGCAUCCCGGGAUACUUCGUCCCCCUCGUUAGCCAAGAGAGACCAUCUUUACCUGUGACACCGAAUCCCAUCAAUAGAAGGGCCGCACAAUGGACCGCUGAGGAGCAAUCCCAAUUCCCAAGUGCUCGUGGAAUCCCCUCUCAGGAGGACUGGGUAUGAAUGCUUCGCUUUUAGCUUGAGACUUGGCAAAUCUACUAACACUCCUUUAACAGGACCCUCAUGCAAAGCUCGAUGAGCUUAGACGCCUCCCGCCCUCUUUCAUCUCAACCCUCAGCAACGCUGAUGCGGCCAACGGUUCUACCCAGUCCGAAGCUCAGAAGGAAGACAUUGUUCCCAAGGUUCAAGCACAAGCGGAAGUUCCCGCCUCCCCCCCUUCCCCAGUCUACAGCGAUAGCUCGGCCCAAACCGAGAGCCCGAAGCUUGAGGAUAGAGCAAUACAGGUCGACGACAUUCCCGAUGUCGAGGACAAGAAGUCGUUGGCUGGCUCAUCCAGCGCUAGCCUAAAGACUGACAGUGACAUUUCGCUCGGAAAGCGUUCCAUCGAGUCCCAAUCACCUCCAAAGUCUCCCGAGUCAAAGGUAAGCCUUACCACUCUUGAAGAGGUGUGGAUGGACCUGACAUGUACUGACUCAAUCAUUUUCUUAACACUAGGAGAAGGAGAAGCGCCGUUCGAUGAACCUUCAAAAGCUGCUACCCAAAUACUGGGGCAGGACUCUCGAAUCACGUCGGCAUGCAACUUCGGGAUAGUUUCGACACUCGCUCUGAGGUUGAGCCGAAGGCAUAGAUUGGAUCUACGAUGGGUAUAAUGUUUUUUCUUAUUUCAGUUACGUCUUAUUCUUUCAGUUCUGCAUACUCUUGGGUUCUAGUCCUUUUUUUAGCUGGAAAAUUUUCCGAAGUUGGUGGUUACUCUGCAUGCUCUUGAAAUUACGUGUGUUCACCUAGAGCGGUUUCGAUAUGUCGGCUACAUGGGCAGCGUUGCGGAUUUUAUAUCUCUUUCAUGGCGAGUUCUUGCGUUAUUUCUCCUUUUCAACAUGCUUAUGUCUUUACCGCCCCUUCGCUAUGUCGCUUUCAGAUGCUUUCCUAUGAUUUUCCUUAGGAAAUGUGAAUAAAGUCACAAAAAAAGUCUUUACAUUUUGUAACUUAAAUCAUGUAUUGCUUUUUUUGUUGGUGAUAAUUAAAAGGUUCACUACU